AUGUUAAAUAUUGAAACAAAAAUCGAAAUAAUAGAAAAACUUGAAAAAGGAGAAAGUGGAUCUUCUUUAGCUCAAUUUUAUAACGUAAAUAAGUCUACUAUUGGUGAUAUAAAACGUAAAAAAGAAAAUAUUUUAUCAAAUGCAUCAAAUAUGGAUUCGACUGAUGGCAAAAAAACUAGGAAAAAAAAAUUUAAAGAAAUAUUUUUGAAUAUGAUAAAGCGAGAAGGAUACACAAAAAAUGACGUUUACAACGCUGAUGAAACAGGUAUAAACUGGAAAGCAUCACGUCAAGAAUCAUCAACACCUAGUUAUAAAGUUAGUAAAGAUAGGAUAACUGCGAUGGUUUGCGCAAAUGCUAGUGGAGAUCAUGCUUUACCACUAUUAGUGAUUGGAACAGCUAUUAAACCACGGUGUUUUAAAAAUGUUAAUCAACUUCCAGUGAAAUAUAAGGCACAAAAAAGUGCAUGGAUGAACUCCAAAUUAUUUUAUGAAUGGUACUGUAAUGAAUUUAUACCUAAAGUCAAACAAGAACAAGAAUAUAAAGGUAGAAAAGGAAAAGUACUGCUUUUGUUAGAUAAUGCACCAUCUCAUCCUUCUGCGGAAAAAUUAAAUAUAGUAGACCCAAAUUUUAAGCUAGAAAAUAAUGCAAAUGAUUUAGGAUUUGAGAUAUUAAAUGACGAUGAAAUUGUUGAAGCAGUAAAAGAAUCAGAACUGCCUUCUGAAAUUGAAAAUGAGUAUGAAGACGUCAAAAACUAUACGGGUCUUACGCUUAUUGAAGCCUUUACAGCAAUGGAGUCAGCAAUGCAUUGA